AUUCAUAUAAUAACGUCCACAAUAGCGCUGGAUCCUUGCAUAAACCCUCCUGCUCGUCAAAAAAUCCUUCUUCCAACAACUAAGCGACAAAACACUCAAUAUGACCCAAAAGGAUUUCGACAGUCCUUCGAUAUACCAGUUGUACAACUCGGCCAAAAAGUUGUUAUCGCUCCAAGCACGGAUGGAAAAUCGCCAUCUUAGAAAGGAAAACGCCCGCCUGAUCACCCGGUUGAACAUUGAUUCUUCUCCUGAAGGUUAUGGACCUAUUGAAACAGAAACCGACAUGGGCGCCAGCAGUUUUCACAAUGUGCUUGAUCUCUUGAGUCCUUUGUCAGUGGACUAUCCCGAAAAGCCUGGUUUUUCCGGUAAUGGCAAUGGCCACACGGGAGUCAAGUCUGCUGCCAUAAAUUCGAUUAUGGACAUAACCCCUGCGAGCAUCAACGACUACUCGCCACCCCACACUCACCUGUUGCAGUCGAUGACGGUAACCGGGAAGAUAAAGCGGGAGGCCACCACCACGAUUUCCCCCGUUCAAAUAAGUGCUUUGACCCCCAAAGGUCCGUAUUGCGGUAAUAAUAACAUCGAGACAUUUUCGUCUCCCGCCAACGCCAACACCAACUCCUUGAGACAAAAGUCGUUUACCAAGCUCGCACCCAAGUCCAACUUGACCAUGUCGUUGUCGCAGCACAAAAUGCCCUCUGACAAGCUCAUCGAGUGUCACAACUGUCACACGGUGAAAACGCCGUUAUGGCGUAAAGACCCCGACGGUAAGACCUUGUGCAAUGCCUGUGGGUUGUUCCUCAAGCUUCAUGGCACCAUGCGGCCACUCAGCUUGAAGACCGACGUGAUAAAAAAGCGGUCGUCCAGAAAAUCAGCCAGCUCCACCAAGCUCUCGAGUUCUUUGCCCAACUCUCUCAACAGCACCAUGGUUUCGGCCGACAGAUCCAGAAUCAGUGUGGGGGUUGCACACUCCAACUACAGCUCGCCCAUCGACGCCAACUCGGACGAGAACAACGCUAAUACCCCAGGAAGUGUCACUUCUUCCACCUCGAUCCCCGGCUCGCGGCCCCGAAAUGUGUUGAUCUUGCCCAAACCGUCGUUCAACGACUCCAAAUCCAUCCCCAUUCCUAAUAGAACCCCCGGAUCCAUCCCCAACAGUCCAGCAUCCCCAUUUACUAUCAACCCUGAGCACAGCCAGUCGUUCAAACGGAAGAAGUCAGAUAUCAACAUGAACAUUGGCAGUGCUAGCCGGAGACCAUCUGCCACGUCGUUACAGUCGUUACAGUACCCCAGCUCCGUCUCCAACUCGUUCAAUGCCCGCAAAAUCGUCAGCUCAAUCCCCAAACGCAACUCAUUUGUAAGCUCCAAUUCUAAUUCCCUUAAUAUGAUGGCCCACCCCAGCUUUUUUGAUAAACCAGUUGGCCCCAUCCCCCAAGCACCUCCGUCACAGCUCCUGUUCUCCCAAAAACACAGAAACUCCAAUGUACAUAUAGAGACCAGUUCGGUGACGUCACAAAGCUCUUUCAGCUCCAAUAGACACAACUCCCUUAUUAGCGAGUCCCCCAUUGCCAUGAACCCCCGAAUGGACCUUUCGUCCAAGACGUUCAUUAACCAAGACAAUUUACCCCAAGACCUCGACUGGUUGAAGUUCGAGAUCUAAGGCCCAGUCUUUGUAUAUUAUAAUGGUUUACGAUAAUAAAACGAUCCCCAUAAA